GUGGAGGUCCCCACUCCCCAGUCGCCCACGAACCUUAGGCCGUCCCCAGUACCUCGUCGUCGUCAGGUCUCGCACCUACUUCUACUUCCUUCUUCCGCUUCAUUCUUCCGCAUUAUUCCCAUCUCUCUAUCCAUUUCAUUCUUCUCAGCUUCCAUAAGCCUCCAGCCGUAUCAUCUUUCUUUGCGCCCCGAGACAUUGAUCCUCUGCUUCCACCAUCGUGUUAGUCGCAUUCAUCCGCAGCUUGUCGGCUGCGCAAACGCUCGUCUGAAUUAGGCAACACCCCGUACAUCAUGUUGUCGACUACUCACACCUCGCGGGCGAAGAUCCUCCAGUCCCGUGCGGGCACGUCGCUCUCGCCUUCCACAAGCUUACUGAGAUGUGGCCUCCAAACGCGACAGCUUUGCUUUGGCGCCUGGUCAUUGUCCGUCGGCUCCGGUUCACACGGUCGCAGACGCCAUCGCGCCCGAUAUCAGUACAUGGAGUCGCUAAAUCGCAACCUUUCAUGGGACAAGGAUGCCCACAAGACCAUCAAGAAGGCCAUGGCUGCCUUUGCACGAGCCACGGAGCCUUCCAACAAGAAAUAUGUCAACGUCGACGAGAUCAAGUCUUGGUCGGAUGAAUCUUCAGGUACUCGCCCCGGCAAGAACAUUGAGGACGUGGAACGAGGUGCAAUCGAUCACUUGAUCCGAGGCGAUAAGCCUCUCAGCUACGAUUAUGACAUGUGGUCUCCUCUACACAACAUUCGAAGUUAUCUGGAGUCACAACGAGGGUCCAGGUCAAUCACCCCAAAAGACUUGAAAGGGGACGCUGCGGAAACGGAGACCUAUAUUGACCCCAUCACCAAUCGCAGAGUUUCCAAGUCUACUCCAAUGUACAACGACCUCGACGGGUACAGGCCAACAGAGUUCUCAUCCAGCGAACCGGUCAGUUCUCCCCCGAAAUACGACGACCUCGACAAGUAUGUACCCGUCAAAGAUACUUCCGCUCCGCAGCCAACCAAGGCUCGCUACGAAGACCAAGACGAGUACGAGGCGGUUCGUUGGAACGAACCUGAUGGCCUGCGAAAGAUUACCCCAGAGGAGGCUUCCAAGCAAUACAAUGACCUCGACAAAUACUCGACCAAGAUUGGCAGCUCAGACACCCAGCGUAAGCUGACUCCGGAGGAACAGUCGAAAUCCUAUGGUGACUUGGACAAGUACAAGCCGGUGGAAUGGAACGAGCCGGAUGGACUUCAGAAGCCGACAGAAGAGGAAUUGUCCAAGAACUACGGCGACCUUGGCAAGUACGGCGCUGUGCGUUGGAACGAACCAGAUGGAUUGCAGAAGAAGAGCGGAGAAGAAUUGUCCAAGAAUUACGAUGAUCUCCACAAGUAUGACGCCGUGCGUUGGAACGAACCGGAUGGUCUACGAAUGCAAACCCAAGAGGAGCUGUCCAAGAACUACGACGACCUCAACCAGUACGGGGCUGUGCAUUGGAACGAGCCUGAUGGCUUGAGGAAACCAACUCCUGAGGAACUGUCAAAGGACUACAAGGACCUCAACAAGUAUGAUGCCGUGCGGUGGAGCGAGCCAGAUGGUCUCCGUCGCUUGACACCCGAGGAACUGUCCAAGAAUUACGAGGAUCUUGACGCUUACAAUACCCCUUUUGUUGCCAAAAAGUCUACCCUCCAAGCUCAUGAGGAUGCACAGAUGGAUACCACUGUCAAGGGAGAAGUCCUUCCCAACAAGGUCGACGCACCUGUGCAUGAUCCGGCCAGCGAGUACAAAGACUUGGACGAGUAUGGGCCGGUCCGUUGGAAUGAGCCAGAUGGCCUCAGGAAGCUGACGCCUGAGGAGGCGUCCAAGAACUACAAUGACUUGCAUCUGUAUGGUCAGGUCAAGUGGAAUGAACCCGACGGUCUGCGAAGAUUGACUCCCGAGGAGAAAUCCAAAGAGUACCAUGAUGUUCCCUUGUAUGCCGCGCGUGAUUUGGAACCCGAGGUUUCCCGGAUCCAUCCCGAGGAUGCUUCCAAGGAAUACAAGGAUUUGCCUGCCUACCAUCACUUUGACAGUGCUCCCAACACUCGAGUCCACCCCGAGGAGGCCUCGAAGAACUAUGAGGACCUUGGCAAGUACGCUGCGUAUGAGAACAACGGCCCGGACCGCGUCCACCCAGAGCAGGCAUCAAAGGACUACAAUGACCUUUCCAAGUACUCUGCCAGUGUUGAAGCCCAACACCCCGAGGAGCUGACCAAGAACUAUGAGGAUUUGGACAAGUACAGCCCAUCGGCCUUUGACUCUGUCGACACUCCGUACCCAAUCCAUCCUGAGGAAGCUACAAAGGCCUACAAGGACUUGGACAGGUAUUCCGCCAUCCGUCACAAUGAGCCGGAUGGCAAGCCCGCUUCUGUUCCAGACGCUGUCGCUCGUGGUCUCAAAUAUUUCGAUUCCAAGGCAGGUCCCCAAGAUACCAGGAUUGGUCCAUCAGUUACUUAUCCUUUUCACCACAGAACCAAUCUCGACAGUGAGGUCGACGACCUGACGGCCCAGGAAAUUCGUGCCACAACCAUGCGCCGGGUCCAAGAGAGCCAGGAUGAACCCGAGCAAGGUAUCUUGGAGCCCAAUCUGACUGGCAACUACGCACGAGAUUUCCCCGAGGAGUUUGCAACUUCUUGGACAAAAUGCUCAUCCACAUUGGUUCCCAAGGACCGCUCGCAGGCUAAUCACGACAGUGUCGAGGUCAGCUCCAUGGAUGAAAGUUUCCCAAUCGACGACCACAAAAUCCAACCAGCCAUUGAUCGCUACUGGGCGAAAAUCGACAAGGAAAUUAAGGACCCUUAUUCGCAAGAACCCCAAGGCCUUCAGACGUCGUUUGCGGAAGAGUGUGGGCAGGAGACGUUGCCAACCGUCGAGAAACACUACGCAAAGGCCGCGGCCGACUUGGCAGCAUCGUACAAGAUUCUCGCCUACGAUGCCUCAUCCCACACAAUGAGCAUUGCUGACGCCACUACAACGAUGAAUGAUGAUUCCACCUCUACCCUUUCCGAUGUCUUGCUACGAUUGUCAAACCCGUCCAAGUUUCUGCCUUAUUUCGAGUCUCUCCAGUCGCAAGGGUACGACAUUGUAUCGGGUAGUGGGGAUGUUCUCAUCUUUCGCAAAGUCCGACAAGGCGACGACAAGCCAAUCUUUUCUCCACGAAUUAACCCCAUUGACAUGAUGGGAAAGUCUGCCAUUGGAACUUUUACUAGUCCCACUGGGUUUGUCAACUACGAUGCGACGGAGUCGGCGGCCAAGCCAGCACCACCUAACCCGGUCGUCAAUGAGACCAUCCCCGAACAGGGGCCGGCCAGAGGACGAACGAGGCGAAGACUUGGGAGGAAGGUGAUCCUUGGAACAGCAGGGCUUGCAGGUUCCGCCUAUGCCGUUGCUGUGUUUGGAGAGUAUUUCAGUACCAGGGCCAACAGGGCCAACAGAGACGAACCAAAGCCGAAGGGGCUUUAGAUUGAAGAAGGAUUCCAUUUGUUACCGAAGCAUCAGAUUGGCACACGGACAG